UCCUCUCUCCUGAAUCAACCUUCUUAUUUAUUUAUAAAGACUUGCUUUAGCUUAUAAUAAUAUUCUAUACCAACUUUACUUUGUUCUUAGCGUUAAUUUAAUUAAUCAAUAUAUUAAUAGGGUAACAAGCAAGCAAGCAUACCAUUUGAAUAGCCAAAAGAAAAGAAAAAAGAAAAAAAAGAAAAAAGAAAAUCGAAAAUCACCCCAAACUGAUUUACCCUUGUUUUAGAGUUUAGAGUCUAAAAAUGUCUGAGCAUCAAGAGCAGAGUGAGAGUAGAAAUGGGCACGCCAACAUGUCUCGCUAUCCCUCUCCUACUGCUACCUAUGAGGAUGUUCUUCAAAGCCCUGACCUUUUCUGGGAAAAGCUCAAAGCUUUUCACAUAUCUCUCGGCUUCAAGUUCAAGGUUCCGGUUGUUGGAGGAAAGGCUCUGGAUCUGCAUCAACUCUUCGUGGAAGUCACAUCACGUGGAGGUCUCGAAAAGGUAAUAAAAGAUCGCAAAUGGAAGGAAGUGAUUGUGGGCUUUAGAUUUCCUACAACCAUUACGAGUGCGUCUUUUGUUUUAAGGAAGUAUUAUUUAUCAUUGCUUUAUCACUUUGAGCAAGUCUAUUACUUCCGUAAACAACUCUCUUCAGUCUCAACCCCAGGCAUUGCCAGUGAGAGCCUUGUGACUGGAUCUGCAAACGCAAUGGAAGAUGCCUCUACGAACCAAUUAACAGCUGUUGGAGCUCAGGAGUUGCAGAUUGGCAGUUCCGUGACGGGGAUCAUUGAUGGAAAAUUUGAUAAUGGCUAUCUGGUUACAGUUAGGUUGGGGUCUGAUCAAUUUAAAGGUGUCCUAUAUCAUAUCCCCCAAAUGCAUCAACUGUCUCAAAGUUCAAAUACUUCAGAUGUACCUCCUCGACGCCGAAAGAGAUCCCGGUUAGCACAGGACCCCUCCAGGCCAAAAUCAAACAGGAGUGGUUAUAAUCAUUUCUAUGCUGAGCAUUAUGCUCAACUCAAACCUAUGUACUACGGGGAAGAGAAAGUCAUCAGCAAGAAAAUUGGGAACUUAUGGAGCAAUCUGACAGAGGCCGAGAAACAGGUUUAUCAGGAGAAAGGGAUGAAGGACGAGAGAUACGGAACUGAAAUGUUGGAAUAUCGAUCUUCCCAUGAUUCGACACCUCAAUAGCAUCUGAUGAGUUGGUCGUUAGGAACUAAAUGAUGGGGUUGCCAACCCUCCCUCAAUGUUUGUUUGUUUGUUGUUGUUGCUCAACUUUUCCCUUGAAAACUCUGUAUGAACAGAUUAUCUGAACCCUGCCCCUUUUCUCAGACUUUGGGUGAUCAGAUGGAAGAUCUUUGUAAAAUGUGGUUAUAUUAAUCUAUCAGAAUGCUAGAAGCUUAGAACAGUA